GAGGUGGAAUAAACUGAGACUGCGGGACAAAGAGAAGUGCCUGAAGCCUGACGAGUCUGAGGAAAGCGAUGCUGAGUUUGACGAAGGUUUUAGAGUGCCGGGUUUUCUCUUCAAAAAGCUCUUUAAGUACCAGCAGACAGGUGUUAGGUGGCUGUGGGAAUUGCACUGCCAGCAGGCAGGAGGAAUUCUGGGAGAUGAAAUGGGAUUGGGCAAGACCAUCCAGAUAAUUGCCUUCUUGGCAGGUCUGAGCUACAGCAAGAUCAGGACUCGUGGUUCAAAUUACAGGUUCGAGGGGUUGGGUCCGGCUGUCAUCGUCUGCCCCACAACGGUGAUGCAUCAGUGGGUGAGAGAAUUCCACACGUGGUGGCCUCCAUUCAGAGUGGCAAUUCUGCACGAAACCGGCUCCUAUACCCACAAAAAGGAGAAACUAAUCCGAGAUAUUGCUCACUGCCACGGGAUCCUGAUCACCUCCUACUCCUACGUCCGGCUGAUGCAGGAUGACAUCAGCAGGUACGACUGGCACUACGUGAUCCUGGAUGAAGGACACAAGAUUCGGAAUCCGAAUGCUGCCAUCACCCUGGCUUGCAAACAGUUCCGCACUCCUCAUCGGAUCAUCCUGUCGGGCUCGCCCAUGCAGAAUAACCUCCGCGAGCUCUGGUCGCUCUUUGACUUCAUCUUCCCGGGGAAGCUGGGCACGUUGCCGGUGUUCAUGGAGCAGUUCUCUGUCCCCAUCACUAUGGGCGGGUAUUCAAAUGCUUCCCCGGUACAGGUGAAGACUGCGUAUAGGUGUGCCUGUGUCUUACGGGAUACCAUAAACCCAUACCUGCUGCGGAGGAUGAAGUCAGAUGUCAAGAUGAGUCUGUCUCUGCCCGAUAAAAGCGAGCAGGUCUUAUUUUGCCGUCUCACAGAGGAGCAGCAUAAAGUGUACCAGAACUUCAUUGAUUCCAAAGAAGUUUACAGGAUUCUCAACGGGGAGCUGCAGAUUUUCUCUGGACUUGUUGCUCUAAGAAAAAUCUGCAACCACCCUGAUCUUUUUUCUGGAGGUCCCAAGAACCUCAGAGGCUCCCCAGAUGACACACUAGAAGAAGAUCAGUUUGGAUACUGGAAACGCUCUGGGAAGAUGAUUGUCGUCGAGUCUCUGUUGAAAAUAUGGCAUAAGCAGGGUCAGCGGGUAUUGCUGUUUUCCCAGUCGAGACAGAUGCUGGACAUAUUCGAAGUAUUCCUUAGAGCCCAGAAGUAUUCCUAUCUCAAGAUGGAUGGUAACACUACGAUAGCUUCGAGACAACCACUGAUUACGAGAUACAAUGAGGACCCUUCCAUAUUCGUGUUUCUCCUGACCACGCGGGUGGGCGGCAUCGGAGUCAACCUGACAGGGGCGAACAGAGUCCUCAUCUACGACCCCGACUGGAACCCCAGCACCGACACGCAGGCCCGGGAGCGAGCAUGGAGAAUAGGCCAGAAGAAGCAAGUGACCGUGUACAGGCUUUUGACUGCAGGCACCAUCGAAGAGAAGAUUUACCACCGACAAAUCUUCAAGCAGUUUUUGACAAACCGAGUGCUAAAAGAUCCAAAGCAAAGACGGUUUUUCAAAUCCAAUGACCUUUAUGAGCUGUUCACGUUGACGAGUCCCGAUGCAUCCCAGAGCACAGAAACAAGCGCCAUUUUUGCAGGCACUGGUUCAGAGGUUCAGACACCCAAACGCCAUUUAAAAAGAAAGGUCCAGUCAGCAUUUGCAGUAGGCCGUGACAUUCCAAAACGCAAGAAGUCCCCUGACCCCAGUACAUCCGUGCACAGUGCCACAUCGUCUGCGGAGGAGCCUAAGUCUACGGGAGUUGCAGUAACUGCUAAUGAAAGUGAUCCUUCGAAAGAUGGUCCUCACCCACGUGGUGACGUAACCAGCAGUGAUGGGCUUGGAGUGGAGGGAGCUGCAGCGUCUAGACUAGAGGAGUCAUCAGGGAUUAGUGGACAUGAGAAAAGUUCAGACCCUCCAAGAACUGGCAAAACUUCCAGACUGUCUGCUGAGGAAAGCAGCCAUGAAAAGCAGGGUCUUUCUUACGAAAGGGCAAACUGCCAGGGUCAUACAGAACCCCACUGGGAGAAUGAACAAGUGGAAAAUAAUUUUUCUAAGCACAAGUCAAAAACGAAACACAGUAGUACAGCAGAAGAGGUCCUGGGUAAACUCCCGAGGCUGAAACUAAAGCCUAAGAAACCCAAGUAUCUUAGAGAUGCCAAGUUCGAAGGAACUCGCAUCCCACACCUGGUGAAAAAAAGGCAGUACCGGAAGCCAGAUGGUGACCCUGAGAGUGAGACCCGGGAGCGGAGCAGCGAUGACUAUGUGUUGGAAAAGCUUUUCAAAAAGUCAGUUGGCGUGCACAGUGUCAUGAAGCACGACGCCAUCAUGGAUGGGGCCAGCCCGGAUUAUGUGCUGGUGGAGGCGGAAGCGAACCGCGUGGCUCAGGACGCCCUGAAAGCCCUGAGGCUCUCUCGUCAGCGGUGCCUGGGAGCAGCGUCUGGUGUCCCCACCUGGACUGGCCACAGGGGUGUCGCUGGUGCUCCAGUGGGAAUAAAGAAUAGAUUUGGUCAGAAGAAGAACUCUAGCUUCUCUGUGCAACGUCCCUUUUCAACGUCUCUGACGGAGAAAUGCCAGGAUAGCAUCACAAAAAAGGAGGGGAAGGCCAGUGCCCAGGAGCAUUUCAGUGGAAGAGCAGAAGACGCAGAACCUUGCACUGGGGCGCUCACCUCGUCCUCGCUCUUGGCCAAAAUGAGAGCUAGAAACCACCUGAUUCUGCCGGAGCGUUUAGAAAGUGAAGACGGGCCCCUUCCAGAGUCUUCUGCCCCACUGCCCUCCUGCACAGAACAUGAUGACCUUCUGGUGGAAAUGAGAAACUUCAUUGCUUUUCAGGCCCACGUUGAUGGCCAGGCCAGCACACAGGAGAUCCUGCAGGAGUUCGAAUCCAGGGUGAAGGGCUGAUCCAGGUCACGGAUGUGAAGUGUUGGUGCGUCGUGUGCAGUGUCUGAACUGGAAGGUUUAUUGAGCCGAGGGUCUUCUCCAAGUAAGACCGGCCCUCAGAGGAGCAGGUGGUCCUCAUUCCACGCCUUCUCCCCCUGCCUCUCGCGCUGUGACCUGGGGCAGGUCGUGCCUCCCUCAGGGGGCCUUCGCAAUGCUCUCAGUGGGAUUGUCUUAACAGUGUACAGUGACUCACACUUGGAUCAAAUCGAAUGUUUGGAACCUCACAGGCUUUGUGCAAUGUAGAUAGAUUUGCUGUAUUUCACACGUUAUAUUAGCGCAAAUAAAGAAUUUAAAAGUUUGCCAAAAUUUUUUUCUUUCCUUGGUUGACACAUGAAUAUACCAUCACUUGAAAAGCGCCAGGCAGUGCUCUGGCUCCCGCCCCGAGCCCUGUCUCGUCCGUCCCCGAGCUCAGUGCUGUCUUGGUGUGGCUUUCUGCAGGCUGCAUGCAUUUACGGAAACGAGUGGCACAGAACACCCUGCCCUGUGUCCGUUCUCUUCCGUUUUCUUUACUAGAGUUCUGACUUUACCCGCACACCUGGCUGCUCAGCUACAGUACCACUUCCAGACCAGCCCGUAAGUAAAGCUCCCAACAUUCCCCGUCCUGGCUGACUAGGAUGCGGUGGCAGCUUUGGCACCUGGAAAGAGAGAAACCCGGGGAAGUUGGCCUGCCGGAUUUCAGCUGCUUCCUUUGACCUGUUACGUAAGAGUGAAAUAAAUUACUGACUUGUUCAAACCACUUCUCUGGACUCUUUAUUAUA